UAGGAAGAAAAUCAAUAAUGUGGACUAUACCAAGGCAAUGUGAUCAUUCCAACAAGUUGCAGAGUGAUUAUUGUAUAGAAUCAUAUGAAUUAAGGAACUAAGCCUCUACAUUUGUAAAUGCCUUGAAACAUGGAAGAUAGUGGUAUUGAUAGUGAUCCUAAAGCUGUUAACCAUGUGGAAGACGAAAGACUCUUCUUGGGUAGUGAUAGCAGUUGUAGCAGUAACCAAACUCAAGCGUCUCAACGAAAUACAACCAAACAAUUGCAGAAGAAACUAGAGAUACGUAUUGAACAGGCCAAGCGAAUUCAACGCAACUCAGAUUACAUAAAGCUUCCUAAAUAUGACAAUGAAAAUACAAAUAGUACCAGUUCUGCCGGAUUGAUAUCAAUUCAAAGAUUGCCUAUACCGCACAAGAAUAAAGAACAAGUUCCUCUAGUUGAAUACUGGCACAGUGAAAGCGAAAGUGAAAAUGAAACAACUCUUUUUCCGGUGAAAUCUAAGGAGUCAUCAAAGCACAAACAAGACCUCACAGACACGUUCAGCAUCGGAGAAUUAAGUGAUGAAAGUGAAGAUUCUUUGAAUCUGGACCCAGCGCAACCGCCACAACCAUUCAUGCGAACUUAUGUACCUACUAGCUGUUUUGCUUGCCAGUGCCAUAUAAUGUAAUAUAGGUCGCACACUGGACUAACUAUGCCUUCGAGUUUAUUGAUUUUUAUUCAAAUAUUGCAAUAUCUGAUAAUUGUUGAAAGUAUAGUUAUACUUUUGCCAAGUUGUAUUUUUUCUAAGUUUAUUUUGAUUUAUGAAGUUUAUUUGUUAUAUUAUAUCAAAUUUUGCAAUGUUUACAGGACAUGUUUAAAAUUAUAAAAAUUAUUUUAUUAAACUG